AUGUCUGCUGCUUCUGCUUCCAUUGUCAACUCCUCAGUCUUCAUUCUCACAGGCCUCCCUGGCCUGGAACAGUAUUACCCUUGGUUUGCAGUUCCCUUUUCCUGCAUCUACGCCGUGGUUUUCCUGGGGAACUGCCUGGUGCUGCAUGUGAUCCGGACGGAGCCCAGCCUGCACCAGCCCAUGUUCUACUUCCUGGCCAUGCUGGCCGUCACGGACCUGUGCAUGGGGCUGUCCACCGUGCACACGGUGCUGGGGGUCCUGUGGAGGCUCAGCUGGGAGGUCAGCCUGGAUGCCUGCAUUGCCCAAACUUACUUUAUCCACGGUCUGUCCUGCAUGGAGUCGGGAGUCCUUCUGGCCAUGGCCUUUGAUCGCUUUACUGCCAUCUGCAACCCUCUGAGAUACGCAUGCAUCCUCCCCAACAGUAGGGUCACUCGCCUCAUGGUGAGCAUUUUGAUGAGAAGCGCUUUGUCCAUUCUCCCUGUCAUCAUCCGUUUGAGGUUCUUCCAUUACUGCCGCCCUCAUCUCCUGUCCCACGCCUUCUGCCUGCACCAGGACCUGCUCCGGCUGGCCUGCUCGGACGUCCGCUUCAACAGCGUCUACGCUCUGGCUCUGGUGAUCUGCACCCUGUUGCUGGAUGCUGUCCUUAUUCUCGUCUCCUAUGUCUUCAUCUUGCAUGCAGUGCUGGCGAUCGCAUCUCCGACAGAGAGGCUCAAGUCUCUGCAGACCUGUGUUGCCCACCUCGGGGCCGUCCUGGUGUUCUAUGUCCCCAUUAUCGGUCUCACCAUGGUGCACCGCUUUGGGCAGCACCUCUCCCCUUUGGUCCAUGUCCUUAUGGGCCACGUCUACAUUCUCUUCCCACCCCUGAUGAAUCGUGUCAUCUACAGUGUGAAGACCCAGCAGAUCCGUAGUAGGAUGGAGAAGUGGUUUCCUCUGAAAAGGUAG